AUGGCUGCCGCGAUCACGCGAGUGGACUGUGGUUCGGACAUCACCAGACUUUCGAGCCGACUGCGUAGAUAUGUGGAGGAUGGCAAGGAGAACUUUGUCACUGAGGCGAAUGACCUCGCCCAGACUGGACUGGCAGAGCGGGAUGUGGACACUGCUGAGAGAAUGUUCCUCACCAAUGGGAAGUGGCACAUCACCUGGAAGUGUGCCUCCUAUGCCAAGGAGAAUAGCACUGAUGGCUUGGUCCGAGUGUAUGGCUGGGUCGCCUUGCGUAAUGCUUUCCAGUGGGCGAAUCAGAAUGUGCACCAGCCGAAUGAGACUGCGGAACUCAUCUGCAUCGUGGUCUUUCGCCGGGCCAAGAAUGAAGCGACCCGGCACUGGGUGAUGAAUGGCACUGGCCAGCAGCAAAUGAAAUUGGCCAACUAUGUCAAUCGCAAAUUCGUUGACCAUAUCUCUCGACCGUUGAGGGGAAUGGUCAGGGAGGUGAGAAACGGAUUUGGACACUGCCAUCGGGGUCGACUGCCAGCAUGGGCAUCCUUCCAGUGCCACUGCCACUUGAAUGAUGACAUUGAAUGGUCGCGCAGGGCAACCUUGAAUGGGGCUGGCCUCUGGGAGUGGAGGCUGAUGGGCCACAUCAUGGUGAUGGCUAUGGCGGUGGAUUGGAGCAUGACUGCCCCUGGGAUGAGCUGUCUGAGAAUGAAGAUAAUGGGGAUGCAUCCCGCGACUGGCUGCAAUGAUCGCCCCUUCUCUGCGACUGCCAUCGCCCAGGUCGUCACUGAGAUUGUGCUCCGAAUGAAUGGCAGGGGCAUGAAGUGA